AUGAUCAGUAGGACUCGGUGUUUGCAGGCAGCUGCGGGAAUUGCAAGGCAGAGAGCAGCGUUUGGCGGGGUGCGGGAGUUCUCGCGGACACGGCUGGCGACGCAGGAGGCGCCGGCGGGGCCAGAGGCGCCGGGCAAGCGGCGGCCGCUGAGCCGGAUCCCGCUGGGGGCGCAGGAAACGCACUCGCAGCGGGUCGAGGGCGGGGCGAUCGAGUUCACGACGUGGAAGGCGGCGGCGGUGCUGCUGGUGCUCGGCGGCGGGCUGUUCUACGUGUUUUCGCGCGAGAAGCGGCGGCUGGAGGUGCAGCGGGAGGCGGAGGCGAACCGGGGGUACGGGCGGCCGGCGGUGGGCGGGCCGUUCCAGCUGGUGGACUUCAACGGCAACGAGUUCACGGAGAAGAACCUUCUCGGGCGGUUCUCGCUGGUGUACUUCGGUUUCACGCACUGCCCGGACAUCUGCCCUGCGGAGCUGGACAAGCUGGCGGCGUGGCUACGCGGACUGAAACAACGGGGCAUCGACGUGCAGCCGAUCUUCGUGACGUGCGACCCUGCGCGGGACCCGCCGGCGGUGCUGAAGGAGUACCUGGCCGAGUUCCACCCCGACAUCGUGGGGCUGACGGGCAGCUACGAGGAGGUGAAGAAGGCGUGCAAGCAGUACCGGGUCUACUUCUCGACGCCGCCGAACGUGAAGCCGGGCCAGGACUACCUGGUGGACCACUCGAUCUUCUUCUACCUGAUGGACCCGGAGGGCGCGUUCGUGGACGUGCUGGGACGGCAGUACGACGAGCAGACUGGCCAGGCGAAAAUCGAGGAGCACGUCAAGGCAUACGUUCCUGCGGCUGAGCGCGAGAAGCGGAAGGAAAAGUGGUAUUCCUUCCUGUUCUGA